AUGAAUUUGAAAGUAUUGUUGAUAGCUGUUUUGCCGUUCAUGGCAGCCAAGGUUACAGCAGAGACUGAAGAAGAUGAAACAUUGACAGUCACUAGGACACACUUUGUGACUAACCCUUGCGCCAGCUAUUUCGCCAGCAGUCUAUUACCAAACAACCCGGAAGGAUUGACUACAGGAAUUCCUGUUGUUUUCGUUCAAGUUCCAAAAGCCAAUGCGAAUCAAAAAGAGAAGAUUCAAGUAACUUCCACUAUUACGCGUACCAAUACCCACAUAGUCUACAAGACUGGAGUGCCGAAAUCAAAAGGUGGAAUACAAAGCAAGACAAACAACGACGCUUCAUGUAGCACGAUCACUGCGUAUUCAACAAUCACCCAUGAAACCUCCACUUGCUCGUCUGAUAAAUGUCAAGUCCAUACCUACACAACUGUCCUUCCAAGUGUUUACACCAUCACUGGAGACACCACGGCAGAGGAGACGUCCACGGCUAAAGUAAAAUCGAAUCCGGAAAGCCAAAAGGCAACUAACAAGAUCCAGGGGUCACUCAGCUUAUCAGGUGUUGUUGGAGAUGCGUCACGCGAUACACAACUCGCCUCUCCCUCAACCACCUCCGUUGACGUUGCCGAAACCACCACAACGUCAACUAUAUUUAGUGCCACUAAAACACCAGAAAGCACUUACAGCCCCUCAACUUCCUUGGAGUCAUUACCUACAACAAAAUCAGCUCCAGUAACUUCACAAUCAGUUGUUUCAGAAAGUAAAUCAGUAACAAUAGAUAUUUCUUCGAUAACAGAUGAUGUCACAAUUUCAAAUAACGCAACCGAAGUAUCAACAAUCAAUAGCAACUCAACAAGUGCAUCUCAAUCAACGUCCAGCAAUCCUUUAUCUGAGUCAUUACAGCCGCUUGAGACCACGUUGUCUACCAUUCUCAUUAGUGCUUCCGCCACCGGGCCAUACUUCAACUCAUCAAUAGUGUCAACCUCAUACUUGACAAGUGCCAUAUCUACCGAAUCAUUUGAAACAUCCAUAUCUAGCUCGCAAUCACCGUCAGAAGAAUCAUCAGGUGAAUCUUCUUCCACGCCCACCUCCUCAAAAGAAACUGAAGUUGCCAUAGCCACUGAUACCUGCUAUUCAGGAGAUUUGUUCUCACCUAUUGAUACCAAUGCACCACCUUCAAUCUUCCCCAGACAGCAAUUACCCUUAUCAAUCCCAUCGGGUGUGAACAACAAUGGUGCACCUAUACAAACUAACAAGUUUUAUGCAAAUUUAUUCCUAGGCGAUCAAGACUUGAUGGUUUAUACUUAUCCUUAUGGAUUGUACUGGAGCAAAGAAAGCUACUAUGGCUUCGGGGUUCAGCACACAAACGUGUCCGAUCGAGUAUUUGGAUCGCAAAAUACAAACAAUCGUGGAGUUUCAUCUUAUUACUUUAAUCCCACCAACAAUGGAGAAAUAAUUCUCUCAGCUACCGAAUUUGCUCACAGUUCAAUGCAUAUGGGACUCAGCGAUAUGACAGAAAUGGCGGCUAAAGUCAAGCUCUCAACCACUGCCGGUCAAGAUUUGAACUAUCUCGAAAUUCCUAUCGUUCAAGGUAUGGGAUUCGUCACAGGGGUUUACAACGGUAACUUAGUUCCGGAAUUGAAUUCAUUGUAUGGCUUCAGAACUUUGGAAUUGGAAGAGUCUGACGCUUUGCUAUCAAAUAUAUUGAAAUACAGAGCAACUCUAUUUAAUGGAGUCAACUGGUUGAUUUACAUAACGUUGCCAACAGAAAAUGACGAUUUUGAACUCAUUGCAGAAGACUCAUAUCACUUAAAAGCGUCAAAGUCUGUCGAUGGAUUGAUCAUCCAAGUUGCUAUUGCCCCCGAGACUUCAAAGGAUCAAUUUUAUGACGCAGCUGCAGGAAUGUACGUAACAGAUGCCUCUAUUCAAGGGAGCGUUGUUUGCUCAUCAUCAGCAUUAUACCUGUUUGUAUACGAAACAUCCGGUUCUUCAUCCAGUGGCAAUCCAAUCGUAUUCACUUUGCCACAUCACCUCCAAACAUUGACGACAACGUCCGGGGCAACAGGAAUAACUGUUUCUUCCCAAACUAAAGGAGAAAUGACUGCAUUCUUGACCAAGAAAUUAUCAUUUUCAGACACAAUUGAUAAAAAUAUCAAGUUUUUGCCAUACAUUGCUGGAAAAACUGGCCAAUUAUCAUAUUCUAGCGACCAAUUGACACUUCUUGCCACUUCAGCAAAUGACGAGCUUGCGGUAGACAUUGCAAGCACUGUUGCGAACAUGAAUUCCAACUAUUUUUCGGGUAAAGUUCUUGACAAAUAUGCACAAAUUUUAUUAGUGGUUAGUGAAAUUAUUAAUGAUGACGCGGUAACAAAUGCAACAUUGGCCGAGUUGAAGGAUGCAUUUGAAACAUUUUUAAGCAACCAACAAUAUUUUCCAUUGAUGUAUGAUACAAAGUUCGGUGGAGUCACCUCCACUGCCGCUCAAAAUGGCGAUGACGGUGCAGAUUUUGGAAGCGCUUUUUAUAAUGACCAUCACUUCCACUAUGGAUACUUUGUUCACGCUGCUGCUGUUGUAGGUCAUAUUGACAAAAAACUUGGUGGUACAUGGGCUGAAGAUAAUAAAGAUUGGGUCAACUCUUUGGUAAGGGAUGUUGCCAACCCAUCAAGAAGUGAUCUGUAUUUCCCCGUUUCAAGAUCAUUUUCGUGGUAUGAUGGACAUAGUUGGGCGGCAGGAUUGUAUGAAAGCAAUGACGGUAGGAAUCAAGAGUCAAGUUCGGAAGAUAUUCACUUUGCUUAUGGAAUGAAGUUGUGGGGAAAUGUGAUUGAGGAUUAUGCAAUGGAGGCAAGAGGUGGUUUGAUGUUGUCCAUAAUGAGUCGUGCUUUCAACUUGUACUUCUACUACAAGUCAGAUAACACCGUUCAGCCACAAGAGAUACUUCCAAAUAAGGUCAGCGGUAUAUUCUUUGAAAAUAAAGUCGAGUAUACAACGUACUUUGGCACUCCAGACCAACAUCCAGAAUACGUCCAUGGUAUUCACAUGUUGCCAAUAACCGCAGCCAGUUCAUCAGUAAGGAUACCAUCGUACGUGCAAGAAGAAUGGCGGGAUCAGAUUUCAACGUUCAUUGAUAACGUAAACAGUGGAUGGACGGGAAUCUUGAGGUUGAAUCAAGCAAUAAUUGACCCUCGAUCGUCGUUUGAGUUUUUUAGCUCAAAAGACUGGUCGGACAGGUAUUUGGACAAUGGACAAAGUCGUACAUGGAGUUUAGCUUUUUCAGGUGGUGUUUUAUAG